AUGAAGAAAAGCAAGCCGUCCACCUCCAGGAGAGCUGAGAUCCAGCUGCUGUUCCAGAGCUACACUGGAGGCUUCACCACGCUGCCUGCAGCUGGCCUCCUGACGUUCCUCCACACGGAGCAAAUGGAACAAGCAUCAGACGAAGAGACGGCACACAGCCUGAUUGACAGAUAUGAAAUAGAAGAGGCAGCCAGAGAAAACAGAUCCAUGACGUUUGAAGGCUUCCUCCGAUACAUGGAGUCCAAAGACUGCUGCGUGUUCAACCAGAGCCACACGUCAGUGUAUCAGGACAUGAACCAGCCUCUCCCCAGCUACUUCAUCUCCUCUUCACACAACACCUACCUGACUGGAGAUCAGCUAGUAGGGAGGAGCCACCUCGAUGCUUACGUUUGCGCUUUGAGGAAAGGCUGCCGCUGCCUGGAGAUUGACUGCUGGGAUGGUCCAGAUAUGGAGCCUGUAGUUUACCAUGGCUACACCCUCACCACCAAGAUACUUUUUAAGGAUGUCAUUGCCACUGUGGCUCAACACGCUUUUGAGGUGUCUUCUUACCCAGUGAUCCUGUCUUUGGAGAACCACUGCAACAAGGAGCAGCAGGAGGUCAUGGCUCAGUACCUUGUCUCUAUCCUGGGGGACUUGCUGUUGACCUCUCCCUUGGAUCAUGCAACCAGUGGAGACCUUCCAAGCCCAAACAAGAAGAAGAAGAAGGUGGUGGCUCAGGCUUUAUCCGACCUGGUGAUAUACACAGAGUCUGUCAAGUUCAUCAGCUUCAGUCACUCCAAGGUCAAUCAAAACGGCUACGCGAACACAUCCGUUGCAGAAGAGAAGGCUCGCAAGCUGGUGAAAGCCUCAGGUGCAGAGUUUGUUCAGCACAACCAAAGGUUCCUCAGCAGGAUUUAUCCCGCUGGCUACAGAACAUCCUCCUCCAACUACAACCCUCAGGAGUUUUGGAACGUCGGCUCGCAGCUCGUGGCUCUCAAUUUCCAAUCUCUGGGCUUGCCCAUGGACCUUAAUGACGGCCGUUUCCAAGACAACGGGGGCUGUGGAUACAUCCUGAAGCCAGCUGUGCUCAUGUCCAAUGAGAGGGGCUUUGAUCCCGGCUCCAGCCAACACCGCCCCAAACCCACUCACCUGCUGCUGAAGGUGAUUAGUGGAUCCAAUCUCCCCCUCCCCAGGACUGGCAAAGCUCUUGACCCCUUUGUCAGAGUGGAGAUUCAUGGGCUGCCAUCAGACUGCUGCAGGAGAAACACGCAAACAGUCAGAGGCAAUUCUCUGAGUCCUCGCUGGGACACUCGCAUGAACUUCAACCUCAGCGUCCCCGAGCUCUGCCUCGUCCGCUUCUGUGUGCGCGAUCAGACCGGCCUCCUCAGCAGUGAGUUUGUGGGCCAGUACACGCUGCCCUUCACCAGCCUGAAGAAAGGCUACCGCUGGGUGCCCCUCCGGUCCCGAGACGGGUGCAGUCUGGAUCCAGCUUCCCUCUUCGUCUAUGUUUGGUAUUCCUAAAAAAAACCCAACUCUUUAUACCAGACUCUUUCUUUUACACAAACACCUUGCCAAAACAUAAAGCAAGCGUGGCAGCAGCAGAAGUGUGAAUAAAUAAAUCAUAAAGCACCAUUUCUCCAGAUAUAAAUAUCAAUUUAUUGUCAAAAAAUAGAAAUGUGUUUUUGGGAGCUACAAAAGAAAAGAGCAGAAACUUUCAGCAAGACUGAAACGACUGAAAAUAUCAUCCUUGCUUGCAUCUCUUAGUUGAGAAAUCCCUAGGGUAACAUAUUAAAGUCAAAUAAUAUGCUUUUAAAAAAAGCAGUUAUUUGAUAGAAGCUGGAAUCUCAAAAGAGUUUAAACAAUUACUUCAAAAAUGCUGUUUAUUUAUCAUAACCUUCAAAACAAUAGAUGGGAUUUCAGUAAGACUCCAUGAAUACAAUGAUCAAACAGGAGCGAGCUGCCUUUGCUUCCUGUUCUAUUUCCCUUAAAAUAAAACAUAUCAGAGAAAAAAAUACCUAAAUAGCUUCCAAAGAGGUAUACAUUAUUGAAGUGAAUCCAGUGCAGAGAAGUCUAUUUCUAUCUUCGGUUUUCUCUAAAUCCUUUAAAUGAGGAAAAGAAAAGUACGGGUCAGCGGGCCUGUCAGGAUGGCGAUGGCAUUAAGAUAACAUGAAGACCUGCCUCAGUCCAGAAACAGUCAGAGUGUGUGUGUGUGUGUGUGUGUGUGUGUGUGUGUGUGUGUGUGUGUGU